AUGCCGGAAAAAAAGAAAAGUAGUCUUUCUCAAUACACUAGAAGGGCUAAAAGGAUGAGACAAGUUCGAUCGCAAGAGACAAAUGAGGACCGUGAGCACCGUUUAGCUUACAAUAGAGAACAAACUGCGGAAUCUCGGGCAUCAGAGUCCAGUUUUAAUAAUGAAACGCGCUUAGCUACAGAUCGCGAACGUCACGCGUUGUCUCGCGCUUCGGAAACAUUAACAAAUUACUCUCAGCGUUUAAAAGUAGACCGUGAACGUCAUAUCGAGUCUCGAGCUUUAGAGACGUUUACGGAGCAUUCAGAAAGGUUGACUGCAGACCGUGAACGUCAUGCUGAAAGUCGCGCUUCAGAAACGUUUACGCAAUAUUCAGACCGCUUGACAGCAGACCGUGAGCGUCAUGCUGAGUUUCGCGCUUCGGAAACAUUUACGGAGUGUUCAGAACGGUUGACUGCAGACCGUGAACGUCAUGCUGAGUCUCGCGCUUCAGAAACGUUUACUCAAUAUUCGGAACGCUUGACUGCAGACCGUGAGCGUCAUGCUGAGUCUCGCGCUUCAGAAACGUUUACUCAAUAUUCGGAACGCUUGACUGCAGAUCGUGAGCGUCAUGUCGAGUCUCGCGCUUCGGAAACAUUUACGGAGUGUUCAGAACGGUUGACUGCAGACCGUGAAAGUCAUGCUGAGUCUCGCGCUUCAGAAACGCUAACUCAAUAUUCGGAACGCUUGACUGCAGACCGGGAACGUCAUGCAAGAUCACGUGCUUCGGAAUCAUUUACUCAAUAUGAAGCGAGGUUAGCAGCAGAUAGGGAGAGCCGUUCGGAGCUCAUCGCAAGCCCGGGUUGCAAUAAUUGCUUGAUUUCAGAAAUCCUGCGUUCAUGCCGAAUUACAAAACAGAUGGAGCAAGAAGCUGCUAUGAUAGCUCAUGAGAUGAGCCGCAAGGCAUCCGAAAUUUUGAGUCCAUUUUCAGAUUUAAGGUUUGGUGGAGCACAGUGA